GGGUGCCGCCCUCCCACCAUGCUAACCCUGGUCGGGACCCAGCGGCGCUGGCGACAAAGCGGAGCGCGGAGCUCAGAGCCGGAGCCCGGGGCAAGGUUAAGAAGCUGCUUUGAUUACGAAGAGAGUUUGACUCAGUUUGCCUAAUUCUUUUAACAGAAGAUGUUAAGUAAAAGUGAAUCCCAUACUUCAUGGCAGGAAUCAGUGAUUAGCUCGACCUGGCUGACUUACAUAUUAGAAGAAUGGACUGGUGUGGAGUACCACUAUUUAUACUAUAUCGGCUUCAUCUGGUGUGUGUUAAACAUAAUAUUCUUUGCACCUUUUUUAAUUUUCAUAAGUGGUAGUUGCUUUAUAAAUCUUCUCCUGCACAUUUACAAGAAAAAGAAUGGCCUAGAUGAGGAUUUCUCCAAUAAGUCAUGGGACAACGGAAGGUUCAUGGUGGCAUCCAUACUUAAUAUGUGUGGAAAACUGGGGAACGGUUAUGAGCUUCAUGGUAUUGAAAAAAUUCCGGAAGGACCAGGGCUUAUAGUUUAUUACCAUGGAGCCAUUCCUUUAGACUACUGCUUCUUUAUCAGUAAUCUUUAUAUACAGACGGGAAGACUUUGUUACUCAGCAGUUGAUCGCUUCUUUGCUAAGUUACCAGGAAUAGAACUGCUUUUUAACCUGUUCCCUGCAGUACAUAGUGGAAGAGACGAAAGUGUUGAAAUUCUGAAGAAAGGCAACUUAUUGGGUGUCUCACCAGGUGGAAGUCGAGAAGCAUUCUUUAGUGAUGAAAACUACAACCUCCUGUGGGGUAAUCGCAAAGGCUUUGCUCAAGUGGCUAUAGAUGCAAAAGUGCCCAUCAUCCCUUUGUUUACACAGAAUAUUCGGGAAGGAUAUAGGACAUUUGGAAAAAUAGGGUUUUUCAGGUGGUUCUAUGAACGUUCUCGAGUGCUACUCAUUCCUGGAUAUGGAGGGUUCCCAGUCAAACUUCGCACAUAUGUUGGAGAUCCCAUUCCAUAUGAUCCAAAUAUAACAGCUACGGAACUAGUUGAAAAGACAAAGAUUGCCAUUGAAACGCUAAGAGACAGACACCAAAAACUACCAGGAAGUAUACUAAGAGCUCUGUUGGAACGAUUUGAUAAACAUCAGAAAGAAGACUAGUAUAUUUAAAUAUAUAUGUUGUAACUUGUGGGAAGAAAAACUGUAGUUUUCUUAAAAGUAUAAGAGACUGCAAACUACAUGUAUCAAGCAUUCAAUCAUAUCACUGCCUUAAACUCUCUCUCUCAUGUGGUCUGGCAACUUCAAUCCAAAUAAUAAAAGAAAAGGAAAUUAAGAGGUUAAUUAUACGUAGAGAAAUUGAUUAGAGAUUCUUAAACCACAUGAAGAAGAACAGGAGUACUUGUGGCACCUUAUACAGACUAACACGGCUGUUACUCUGAAACUUAAACCACAUGAUAGACAUUCUGACAUAAGAGUUAGAGCUCAGGUAACAUUAGGAGCACAUUGUGGGAAGUCGAUUAUAGAGGGAGUCGACAUCAGAAAACUUGUAUUUGGUCUGUUUCCAAUUGUUGAUAGGAGAAUACUGCACAUGUACAGACCAGAUGAGAGAGAGAGAGAUACACACUCACACUCUGGGUGUAACACACUUGUAACUAUAUUUUAAUAUUUAAUAAAGGUGCACAUAAAUGUAUAAAAGGUAAAGUUAUGACUUAUUAAUAUUGCCUUUGCAUUAAUGUUGAGUGUUUUCCCUUAGUUGUUUUCCUUUGAACAAAGCCUUUGUUUAAUUUUAAAACAUUGCAAUUGAAUUAAUAAUUGAGGAAAAUAUAUGUACAUAUAUUUAUAUCUGAGGUCCUUAUGAGCUCUGCAAAAAAAAAAAAAUGGUACUCUGGUUAAAUAGUGUGAUACCACUGUGACACUGCACCCCAUAUUCAUCAUAGCGGUAUGAUUGUGAUACGAUACGUCUUGUGAGAUUUAUAUGGAAAAGUUAUGAUUUGCUGAAUAUGAUUAUCUUACUUGUGUGCAUGUAUCAUUCUGUAUCUGAAGUUAUGAAUAUUGACUAUGUAUCUGAGUAACACCCACAACUAGCUUUUCAGGUACAACAAUGAAGACGCUAUACAGCUAUAAUGUUUCAGCCAGCCUACGAGUAAUGGCUGCUAUGACUCAGCAAGGUGUUUUUGUUUAUUUGCUAGGUCAUCUGUUUUGAUCUGUUUGCUCUCACUUAUAAUCACUUAAAAUCUCUUUCGUUAGUUGAUAAACUGGUUUUAUGCUCUGUCUUAA